ACCUUGUUGAAUUAGCGACGAUUGGAGUAAUCCCCGCCCGUUUCCAAAAAUCCGGCGCUUGUCCUGUUGCAGCAAAUACGCAGCAUACCUUAGGUAUCAUGACGAAUCCUUUGUAUUUUGUCACUGUAUGCUUGUUGCAUCUAAGUACUAUAAUGAAUGAUACACACGGAAUUGGCCCGCACAGGGAGGUGCCUCGUACAAAACUAACCCAUUCCUCUCUAAAGUGGAGCAAUUCGUCCGUCGCCUUGACCUUUGAUACUACAGGGGUGUUUUUACCAGCUAUUCACAAACAAGGAUUUCCUUCUUUUCUGCUGAGCGCUCGCUUUCUAGUUAUAACUUGACAUACUGGGGGAAAAACAAAUUCGAUCGUGGUUAUGGAACGGCAAAAACACCCUUCAUUUGCAUUACUGCCUUUAGGAGAUCACUAUAGCCGGCACUCGCCCGCAGUGCAACUAUAGUUCUGAGGCUACUAG